UGCAAUCAUUAUUUGAUUUUUUUUAAAGUGAAUGAAAACGAUUUGUGACUGCAAAUUGUAAAUUAGUUUGGUUUUAUAUAAAUGAUAUUCUAAAUAUUUUAUAAAUGGAUAUUGUAAAAGAAGUUUUGGAAAAGCAACAACGUGCUUUAGAAAAAUACAAACCAAUCAAUGUAGAUAAACAUUUGGAAGUUCGCUUAGAUGUCGGAUCUUUACUGUGUACUGAUCCAAACGACUUGGAAGACAGUCAACUUAGAAAUAAUAGGGAGCAAUAUUUGCUUGAGCUCACUCGUGAUAAUACUCAGUUGCUGAUUAAUUCGAUUUGGGAGCUACCGACAGAGCGCGUUGACGAAUGUAUUGUGGCGAAGUUACCGGAAGCUACUACUGUUUUGCCUCGACUACGUAAAGUGCCUGGUCCAAAGCCUCUUACUAAAUGGGAGAAAUUCGCCAAAGAAAAAGGCAUUAAGAAGAAAAAGAAGGAUAAGAAAGUUUACGACAACGUACUCGAUAAAUGGGUACCCACUUAUGGUUUCAAACGAGCGGAUGCUGAAAAAGAAAAAGAAUGGGUGUUGGAAGUACCAAAAAAUGUUGAUCCAAAUGAAGAUAUGUUUCAGAAGAAAAUUGAUUUGCGCAAUGAGAAGGUUGCAAAGAAUGAAAUACAGCGCAUGAAAAAUAUUGUCCGCGCGAAAAAAGUGGAAGUUCCACGAGGUGGAUACUUUGGCCCAGAAGUUGCUUCCUCUGGACAGUUGCUCACGGCAGUUACUGUUGCUAAAUCCUCUACGGCAUCUGUGGGAAAAUUCCAAGAUAAAUUACCUAAGGAAAAGCAGGCUCGUGGUAUUGGUGUAAAGGAACUGAUACCAGGCGCGAAGCGCAAAGCUUCACAUAUCAGCGCACAACCCGAGAAGGAGGUUAAUCUUGAUUUAAUAAAGAGCGUGUUAAACAAGAAACCAAAAUAUGAUAUUGAGAAAGCGAUUUCCAUUCAAAAGAACGAUGAUAGGAUUCAGAGAGAGUCCAACCCUAUUGAGAAAGGUAAGAAGGGGAAGAAGGGAAAAGGUGGCAAAGGCGGCAAGGGCGGCAGAAAGCCAAAAGGUGGGCGUGGCCAACGAGCACCUGGUAAGAAAAUAGCUGUGGGCAGAAAAAGGCGAUAAAUGUUUUUGUACAUAUAUUUAAGUAGAUAUACAUAGUUUAAUAAAAAUAACAAAUUCCAAACAUUUUCGAAUGUUUGAAUGAAAUGUAAA